UUGUCAAUUCAAUGGUUGCUGCUCUCAUGGCGAUUUCCAUACUGUUCAUUCCUUUCUUAUCCUUGUUCGCCUCGCAGCUUUCGUCUUUGAUCACACAUCUCCGACGCAGACUUCAAAUCGGUGAAAAAACGAUGAAGAUAUCGAGGAAAGGAAGCUUUGUUUCGGUAAUGGCAUGAUUAAGGACUAAGGAGGCGACAAAUCUUGGUUUUGUGCCUUUGUUAGUGCAAUGGCUUGAGCUAGGAGACAAAAAGCUACGCCCUUUCCCUUCCGUGCCCUUUCGCCUUUCGAGGAUCGCUUUUCCACGCGAAAGGAGGAUGUUUUCGGGGUUGAUCCGCCGACCGGAAGCUUCGAUUUUGCCGGAGGAGGCGCAGGGCCCGAGCCUGGCGCUGACGGCGGAGCCCAAGCCGCGCCUCCGAUGGACAUCCGAGCUCCACGAUCGCUUCGUCGACGCCGUCGCUCAUCUUGGGGGACCUGAAAAGGCAACACCAAAGGCUAUCAUGCGGACAAUGGGCAUUAAAGGACUUACGCUGUUUCACCUGAAAAGUCAUCUCCAGAAAUACAGAUUAGGAAAGCAAUCAGGCAGAGAGAUGACUGAUCAGUCAAAAGACGCUUCCUUCCAUUCGGAGAAUCUAAGCAACAAUGCUUUAUCCCCAAGAGUGCCUAUGCCUGAUGUCAACGAUUCUUCUGCUUUCAGAGGUCGGGAAGUAAAGGAGGCAUUACAAGCACAAAUGGAAGUACAAAGCAGACUGUUUGAACAAGUGGAGGUUCAGAAGCAUAUGCAGAUCCGAAUGGACGCGUUUCAUAAGUACAUCGAUUCCUUACUUGCAAAGGCUUAUGAGAUAGCAUCAGAUCAAGUCGCUUUGACUAGUUUCGAUUCAACUGAGCAUCAUGGACUUGCAGACAUGCCAGGCAGAACCAUUUGCACCUCCUCGUCCGAUCUCUUGACCCAAUCUGUUCUCUAUCAGUUAUCCAUGAGCUCGAUGAACAUGCCUACCUGAUUGUCGGAGUAGUAUUGUUCCAUCGCAGGAGGCCACUUCUUCCUUGGAAGCCAUAUGAAGUGAAGAACAAACCAUGCUGAUCGAAACUGCUAUCACUGCACUAGAUCUCUCUUUCCUUUGUAAAUGGAGAAAGAAGCAUUAGCCUUUUGUAAGAUGAUUGAAAACACUCCAAAAUUGUUUACAUGAAGUUUGUUCUUGUUCUUGAGCCA